CCCCCCCCCCCAACCUCCGCCGUCCACUCCACCGCGCAUCCCGUCGCGGCGCCGCCGCCGGCGAUGACCACCCCGCAGUUCGUCUCAACCUCUCCCGCCCGUCUAUCCUACACGCCGACCUCCCCGGUUCCCAAAUCCUCGGGGAAGGGUUGCGGUCGGGUCCCCGCUUUCCCCGCUAGGCCGCGCGGUUUCUCGCUCCGUCUCAGGGACUCGUCGCCUGUUAUGGCCGCCGCCGGCGUCGGCGGCAACGGCUCCCCGACCGCGCCAGGAGACUGCACAGGGUCUUCUAGGAUUGGAGAGGUUAAGAGAGUGACCAAGGAGACAAAUGUGCAUGUGAAGAUCAACCUUGAUGGCACUGGUGUUGCUGACUGUAGCACAGGGAUACCGUUCUUGGAUCACAUGCUCGAUCAACUGGCAUCACAUGGACUCUUUGAUGUGUACGUUAAGGCAACAGGUGACACACACAUUGAUGAUCAUCACUCAAACGAGGACAUUGCUUUGGCAAUUGGAACGGCACUACUUCAAUCACUUGGUGACCGAAAAGGGAUUAACCGAUUUGGGCAUUUUACUGCACCACUCGAUGAAGCAGCAGUUGAGGUUAUACUGGAUCUGUCUGGUCGUCCUCACUUAAGCUGCGGUUUAGAUAUUCCUACUCAGAGAGUUGGCACAUAUGAUACACAGCUGGUUGAGCACUUUUUCCAAUCUCUGGUGAAUACAUCUGGGAUGACUCUUCACAUCCGUCAGCUUGCUGGGAAAAACUCACACCAUAUUAUCGAGGCAUGUUUCAAAGCAUUUGCUAGGGCCCUUCGACAAGCAACGGAAUAUGACUUGCGCCGUCAAGGCACUGUACCCAGCUCCAAAGGUGUUUUGUCAAGAUCAUAGCAUUGCAAGUUCGAAGGAGUGGGUAGAGGAAACAAACGGAGCAGGAAGCUAUAUACAGCUUGGUUAGUGCUACUUACAUUGGGAGUCUGCAUUGCCUUCGACAACAAAGCAUGGAAUCCUUGCUAAUGGGAUUAUCAAAAAUCGAAUGUACCACUACCGAGUACUGGGCUUAUAACAGUGGUGUACUGAUAUAAUGCAUCGGGUUGCUACUGCAAUUUUCUCUGCUCUCUGGAGCUGCGACAUUUCUGAAGAUUGGAAAUGUGUAGAGUGUAGACAAUAAGCUGUGGUUCUGAAAGCAACGCCAGGCCAGUCGUGAAUAAUGCUGCGCCUUGUAUAAACUUUACAGUGUGGAUCCUGAAUUCAUCCCCAUUUGUCGCAUAUGUAAUGUUUGGCCGGGAGUAAAUUUGUUUCUGUGCGUCCA